UGAACCAAGGCUUUAUGUAUCUCUCAAUUUUCCUUUUUCACCAGAAAGGUCUGACGAGAAAGGAGCUUGGCACCCACCCUUGCCCUACAUGCUUAAUCAUUCAUUAAUAAUCAUGUAUCCCAUACUACCUUACAUGAACACUUGAUUUUGAAGGAAUAAAAUUCCACAAAGCCUUGUGUAGACCCCCACCCGAGGAGAGGAGCUUUCUGGGGGGGGAAUUAUUAUUAUUAUUUUUUUUUUGUUCCUCUGCCCACGCUCUCGAGUGGGCUGCUCCGGGGCGGCAGAUGGGAUGGGUGGAAGGAAGCAAGGGGUGGCUUGCUGAGGAAGACUGAGAAAAAGAAAAGAAGAAGAGAAAAAGAGAAGAAGAGGGGAUCUGCAGAGGGGGGGCUUGGCUGGAGGCAGAGGCAGAAAAGCUGAGUAGAGGGGGAGCAAAUCCGACUCCAGGAAGCACUCCAGGAUCGGACCUUUGUUCCUUGUCUUGAUAUACCUUUGUGGAUCAGAGCAGAGGAGGAGUGCUUUCAGGAUCAGGAUUUUUACUCUCAGUCUGGGUAUAGUUUCGUGGAUCAGAGUAGAGGGCAGAUUAGUUCGGGUUUCAGAUACACCAGAUAUGGAUCAGCAGGUCGUCACGGUCGAUCAGUUCACGGCCGCUAUGGCUUCUAUCCAGGAGGCUUUGGCUGGCCUCAGGCAGGAGAUCAGUGGUCAGCAGGGUAGACCACCGACAGUUCAGGAUGAGACGCCAUAUGACUCACACCCACCUCCACCACCCCCACCCGUUCCUUCAGUGCACCAGGCAUCACCAUAUGUAUUACACGGGCAUUCUGAGAUCGCUCCACCCGCAGUCGCCCAGGCCGUUGUCGCUGAUGACACGCAUGCGCGCAUGGACCGCAUCGAGCAGUGUAUGAGACAGAUGAGAGUGUCAGAUGGAUCCGUCGUUUGGGAUGAUUUUGGGGGUAUGCCGGUAGCCAGUUUACCGGCUAAGUUCAGGAUGCCAGAUAUUGAGAGGUACACUGGUAUUGGUUGUCCGCGCCUCCACCUCAGACUUUAUAGCACCGUGAUGAGGGCUCAUGGACUAGACGAGCCUCAGAUGAUCACCCUUUUCCCCCUAUCUCUGAGUGGGGCGGCUCAGCGCUGGUUUGCGUCUCUGGAGUCCUCGAGACGCCGUACAUGGGAUGACUUGGCCCAGGAGUUCCUACGACAGUUUUCGUUUAACACUGUUGUAGACGUAUCGAGGAGAGAGCUCGAGGCUCUGAGGCAGAGGACAGAGGAGUCCGUUUCUUCUUUCAUUUCCCGCUGGCGCGGGAAGAUAGCUGAGAUAGUGGAUAGACCAUCAGAGAGAGACCAGAUUCAGAUGGUUUUGAGGAGCCUACAGCCGAGGAUCGCCAGACAUGUGGUUGGGGCCCCGUUCACAGAUUUUGGGUCUCUGGUUAUGGCUUUGUAUGAUGUCGAGGACGGCAUCACGAGAGGUUUAUGGGCAGAUUCUUCCCCUAGUGAUGUUAAGGGGAAGAAACCAUUCAUAGGACCGAGACCGACAGAGGUUGGCGCUAUCAGUUCAUCCAGUCAGAGGCCUUUCAGACGCCAUCAGCCGAUCCCACAGUUUUCUGAGCCUCAUUCUUCCUAUGCAUCUCAUCAGUACAGGCCACGGACACCUCGUCCGGUUUAUGAUCAGACACACAUGCCGCAGACAUUGGUUUUACCUUCUUAUGCCACUCAGGGCAUUGAGAGACCCGCGGUCUCCUACACAGCCACAGGGCAGCCAUGCUACGCUGCUCAGUUCACCGCGAGACCUGCGGCGCCUUAUCCCCGACCUGGAGCCCAGCAGACUUCUGCUCUGUUUGCUUUGAGGACGCAGAGGCAGUUCUCGCAGAUAGGCAUGCCGUUGAGCCAGGCUCUUCGGAAGCUUACGGAGGCUGGUUUAUUGACUGCUCUCACCCCUCGGCCACUACCUCAGCCGAUUCCAGCUCAGUUCAGGAUGGAUUUACACUGUGCUUAUCAUCAGGGGCCUGGACAUGAGACCGAUCGAUGCACCGCUCUGAGGCACGCUAUUCAGGAUCUGAUAGACCAGGGUUUGGUACACUUGGGCCAGCCGAGUGUGACCACAAACCCGUUGCCGACCCACACCACACAUGCAGUUCCUCCACCAGCUGGUGGUAUUCAUUUCUUGGACUUUGAUGAGACUGAUGAUCAUGUCCAUAUGUUGAGUUGGGAUGAUCCAGACCCAGAGCCUAUCAUGCCAGCUGGGAUUUAUGAGACGAGUGGGGUGACUCUAGAGCCACAGAUGCCUGCUCCAUUUCGAUUAUUUCAUGAGGCAGCGUCUGUACAGACUACCACUUCCGAGCCUUUGACAUUCACACGCUAUAGCGUUCAGGCGCCGUACAUUCUGAUCCCAGGUGUUGAGGAGGUUCGAGCUCCACAUGUUGAUAUUUCUCAGACUCCGGACAUCCAGUAUAUCCUCCGAGGGGGUAGAGUGAUGCGACAGCCACCUCCCGCGGCAGCUAGGCCAGUUGAGGGUACAUCUGCUUCCCAUGAGGAGGUCAGAGCAGAGGAUGACGAGAUUUUGAGGCAGUUGCAGAGCACUCAGGCUCAUAUUUCUAUCUGGAGCCUUUUAGCGUCCUCCAGUACUCAUCGGGAUGCACUGACUCGAGCUCUGAGCCAGAUCAGAGUUGAUACCACGACCACUCCCGAGGGACUCAUUCAUAUGAUGACGGCUGGCAGAGCCACUUGUAUUGUCUUUUCCGAUGAUGACUUGCCACCGGAGGGCUCAGACCACACUCGCCCGCUCUACAUAUCUGUCGGUUGUUCAGGCCGCCGAGUUCCAUCUGUCCUUUUGGACAAUGGCUCGGCCCUGAACGUAUGUCCUCUUGCCACUGCCAUCGCCCUUGGAUACGCUCCUUCUGAUUUCGGUCCCUCUACUCAGACCGUUCGCGCAUAUGACAGUACUCGGAGGGAGGUCAUGGGUACAUUGGAGAUCGAGUUACUGAUCGGUCCGGCCACUUUUGUCGCUAUAUUCCAGGUUUUAAGGAUUCCUACAUCCUUUAACCUGCUUUUGGGCCGACCAUGGAUCCACCGAGCCGGGGCCAUUCCUUCUUCCUUUCAUCAGAAGGUGAAGUUUAUUCACGAUGGUCAGGUCGUCGUGGUGCAGUCUGUGGGAGACAUGUUCAUUGCUGCUGAGCCUGUGCUCGAGAUUAGUCACACUGAUGAUGAUCUUUUUCUGACUGGAUUCACCUUCGAUGAGGUGCAGACCGUAGAGAUAGAGGAUUUCUGCCGAGAUUUUGUGGCCAUGUCCUUUGACCAGCAUGGGAGCACAGUGGUGCUCGAUAUUAUGCGGAGCAUGUCCUAUCUACCCGGCAUGGGGUUGGGCCGACGUCAGCAUGGACCGAGCGAGUUCAUAGCCAUCCCUGAUCAUGACGUACCGUUCGGACUCGGGUUCAUCCCCACUGAGGCCGAUUAUCUCUAUAUGGCGCGCUUGCGCAAGGAGAGAGUGAGGGCUCGGCUGACUCAUACACCUUUCGACUAUCCUCUUCGCCCAUACACCAUGAGCUUAUCUGAUUACUUUGUGAGGGCAUCAGAGCCAUUGACCCGCGCAGACGUGAUCAUUGGCGGACUUAGUACCACCCAGGAGGUUGAGCUUCAGCGCCUUGUCCAGCAGUUACGAUUGGGAGACGGAGCCCCUGGUCCUUCGACUUCUGUGUUGAUUGCUCCUUCUUCUCCAGAUCGCACUAGCCUUAUGACGCUUUGCUUCCCGGACGAGACCGAUGAGCAUGGGACCUUUGAUGAGGUCGGGGACGUAGUGGACGGAGCCGCCCCACACGACGAGUACAUCGACGAGAUGCUCGCCCUGAGCAUGAGCCAGAUUGAGGAGACUGUUCAUCCUGGGCUUGCUUCAUCAUUCGAUCUUUUCGGGGUAUCCGCCAUCGAGCUUGCCGAGGAGAGCGUGACUGCCCCUGCUCUGGAGUCUGUUGAGGACCCUAUAGUUUUUUAUGAUUUGAUUGAUAGCCAUGUUGGCAUUGUUGAGGGAGCGUCCGACUCUGUGGACCCACCUCUUUCAUUUGACGUUCUGUCGGGGUUCGUCUCCCGUUCUGACAUCGUUUCCGAUGUUCCAUCUAUGGAUUUGAGCAUUUUUGAGUAUUUGCCUGUCUCUUGUGAUAUUGAUUUAUCUGCACCAUCUUCACCCACAUCACAGAUUUUUGAUAUUGAUGAUGAGAUUGCACAGCAUGACUCAGAUGAUGACUCAUCUUCUGUUUCCGAUUCGGAUCCCGUUGAUCAGAGGGUUUCACCUGCUGUAGGAGACACGGAGAUUGUUGAUUUUGGCACUACAGAUCAGCCUAGGGAGUUGAGGAUCGGGUCAGAUCUAUCUACAGAUGAGAGGGACAGCCUCAUCCAGUUGCUCAGAGCAUACUUGGACGUUUUCGCAUGGUCCUAUGAGGACAUGCUAGGCCUUGAUUCAUCUAUCGUCCAGCAUCCUACUCUAGCUUCCAUGAUCGAUAUUCCCGUUGAUGCCACUGUUCGACCUUUGUUGAUCGAGUCGAGGUCUGCUCCUGCUUACUGUUGCUUGAUCGAUGAUGUAGAGCCAGAUGAUGGUUUGCCAUGGUAUCACGACAUAUAUCACUUUUUGAGACUUGGCGUAUAUCCUGAGGCUGCCACGGCCAAGGAGAAGAGAGCAUUGAGACAGUUGGCUACCCGAUUCGUCAUCUGUGGCGAGACAUUGUAUAGACGAUCGCCUGAUGGGAUGCUACUAUUAUGUUUGGACCGCACCUCUGCCGAUCGGGUGAUGAGAGAGGUCGAUCACCACUUUUCUUCACGUAUUCAUUGUAUCGCCAUCGUUUUUAUCGUUGCUUGUGAUUCAUCUCAUUCCCUUCGCAUCUUAUUCUCUCCUUACAGCGACCCAUCUCAGAGGUUCAUGGAUCCUCACGGACUUGCGCGACCAUCACUUACUGGAUGCUCAUCGAGACGUGGACAUGAUCGUUUAUCUUACGGAGCCUCUGAGAUCCACACAGCCGGGUCCGCACUUCUCGACACUUGGAUUCCAUCAUGCCUCUCCACCUGGGAGCCAUGGAGGCGAUCGUUCUCUCACAUGUCCGUCGCAGUCUCCAUCACUCGGCCGAGAUAUAUUGUAUUCGCCUCACUGACCGUUGUUCCUGAGCUCUUUAUUGACAUGAUCGCUUAG